UACUUGACGACGUCCCACGCCGUGAACGGCACCGGGGAGGGAGCAGCGGUACUACCGGUUACUACCGGUUAUUACUGCUCGUGUGGAACACCUCGGACCCAUCACCUCGGACCCAUGCUCGGACCGAGUUGGAGCUGAAGGCAACAUGGUUGGAAAGAUCAGACAUGUCCGUCAGAAGCUCCACCAGGAGGCGGUGAAGCUGGACGGGCCCGCCGGCUCGGUGCUCUCUCCCCCGGGCUUAGACAAGCCAACAACUAGCCCCCCACUGCUGGAGAACAACAACAACAACAACAGGGACUCCUCCAGACACCGCACACAGGCUCCGCAGGCAGUGAGCUGCCUCCCCUCUGGGAUCUUUGCUGGUACUAAGAUAAGCCCAGAAGUCCUGGUCCAGACUCUGAAGCUAGAGGAACCUCCGGAUGGACCCGGAACCCUGACGGUACCUGCUAACAAAGGCCCAGAAGAGAAGAAAGUCCAGUCAAAGAAAGAGAAGAUGAAGGAGAGGAGGGACAGAUGGCUCAACAAGAUCAGCUCCAUUAAACAGGCCAAGGAGCAGCAGGCGGCCGAGGCGCGGAGGCAGGCCACGCCCGUGGUGGGGGACAUGAGGCCGCUGGCUGACGCCCUGCCGGAGCUCUGCCAGCUCGUCGCCCCCGCCGCCGCCACAGCCCCCGCCGCUCGCCGCAAGAGCAGGAAGAACAAAGUGCCGGUGAAGAGGCCCGAGCCAACAGAUUUCAGUCAGAUGAAACAGUCACAGAAACGCAAACUCCUGGAAACGGAGAGCAGCCGGUUCAGCGAUGCAGUAAAGACCCUCUCAGCUAAAAUGAACCCUCUGGUUGAUAUCGGUGAGCAGCUGAGGAAGAGGAUGAGGCAGGAAGAAGAGCAAGGUCCCAGCUAACAGCAGCAGCUCAACUCUUCCUCAGACGUCAACCCAACCCGGGAACAUACCCGGUACCCGUCACUCCUCUCAACCACUGACUGUAACAGUUUCCUCUCAGUUUUACUAUCCAUGUCUCCUCCUCACUAAUAAAUGACAGAACAUUUAACCAUCA